AUGCAAAAUUUUGGAUCUAAUGUAUUACUUAUCUUAACUAGAAUGAAUUGGAUGAGAAAGGACAUGUCUUGAAUGAGUAACCUAAAAUCAAGGUAAAAUUUGAACCCAAACCUAAACCUUCUAAAUGUCCCAUUUGCACAAUUGAAUAUUAUUAGCAGUUCUUCAAUAUUGAAUAAAGAGAUGUAUACAUGAGAAUACGUUGUUCAAUUUUAUCUUGGAAACCUGAAUUUCAUUAAUGUGUUGGAAAAAAUCCUGAUUUAUGGGGACCUUUAUGGAUUUCAACCACAAUUAUCUUCAUCUUAUUUGCAGGAGGAAAUCUAUCUCGCUUUUUAUUGGAAGAAGAUAAAAAACAUUUUAAAUACGAAUAUAAUUAUAUGUAUGUAGCUGUAUUAAUAGUGUAUGCUAUGGCAUUUAUAAUACCUAUAAUAUUAGGAGUUAUUAUGAAAUAUAUUCUAAAAAGUGAAUUAGGAGUUUUUGAUAUAGUUUGUAUGUAUGGAUAUUCAUUGAGUGCUUAUAUAUUUGUGCUAAUUUUAUGCAUAAUCCCUUAUAAUGAAGCCUAAUGGUUCUUUUUAAUGUGUGGACUUGCAAACAGUACUAUAUUCUUGUUAGUUAAUUUAUGGGAGUAUUUUAAUAUAUUAUUAUUCAUAGUUUUAUGAAAAAAAAUAAAUAAACUGUAUUAAUAGCUAUUCCAAUUAUAUCAUUUAAUGUAGCUUUAAUUUUAUGUUUCAAAUUUUACUUUUUUAGACUAAUUUACGCAGUAGAUGAUUGA